CUCAAUCCUCUCCGUCUAACACCAUCAUAUCAGCCAUUAACGCAGCUUAAUUAGCUUCAUUCAGAGUUCAUAUAACCUCAACUUCUUUCAUUCCCUGAUCGAUAAUCAGAUCAACCAACCAUUUACUCAAACAUUAUAUAGCAAAUGGAGAUUCUUAGACUUUUGCAGGUUUUCGGUUUAGGCUCGGCCGCCAUUUUCGUCUUUCUGUUAUGGAAAAUUCUGCAUUCUUGCUGCAUUCUCCCUUCCUUGACAGACCGAAAACUUAGAGAAAAUGGGUUUGGCGGCCCGCCGCCCAGUUUUCCGUUCGGAAAUCUCGACGAAAUGAGGAAGUCGGGGAAUCAAGGUCAUGAUAAUGGUGACGUUAAAACUCUUUCUGAGUCCUCGUCUUCGUCUUCCUCGUCGUCUUCUUCAGGCAUUAGCAAUGACAUCCACGCCACGGCGUUCCCUUACUUUGCUCGCUGGCAAAAACUGCAUGGGAAAGUGUUCAUAUACUGGUUGGGCACAGAGCCGUUUCUUUACAUCGCAGAUCCAGAGUUUGUUAAGAAAAUGUCGGCGGGAGUACUGGGAAAAACAUGGGGAAAGCCGACAGUGUUCAAGAAUGACAGAGAGCCCAUGUUCGGAAAAGGUCUGGUUAUGGUAGAAGGAGAUGACUGGGUUCGCCAGAGACACGUCAUCACCCCUGCGUUCACCCCAUCCAACUUAAAGGGCAUGGCGGGGUUGAUGGUGGAGUCGGCGAAGAACAUGGUGGAGAGAUGGGCGGCGAUGAUGAACUCCGGCAGCCUCGAAAUCGACGUGGAGAGGGAGAUCACGAGCACGACGGCGGAGAUCAUAGCGAAAACCAGCUUCGGAAUAAGCUACGAGAAGGGACAGAAGGUGUUCGACAAAUUGCGAGCCAUGCAAAUGACGCUAUUCAAGUCCGCGCGCUUCGUGGGCGUCCCAUUCGGCAAAUACAUGUGCCCAAAGCAAACCUUAGAGGCCAAAAACCUGGGAAAAGAGAUCGACGCUCUAGUCUUAGCCAUCAUCGAGGAGCGGAAGCGAUCCAACGGCUCAGAUCACCCCCACAACGAUCUUCUCAGCCUUUUGCUGGCGGAGAAUCAGGCGAAAGGGAAGUCGGGAAAAUCGCUGUCCACUCGGGAGCUUGUUGACGAGUGCAAAACGUUCUUCUUUGGCGGACACGAAACGACGGCGUUGGCGCUGACGUGGACUUUGCUCCUAUUGGCCAUGCAUCCAGAGUGGCAAACUGUUCUGAGAGAAGAGAUCCAGAAUGUGAUUGGAGACGAUGAAGUUGAUGCCAGUAAGCUUGCCGGACUAAAGAAGAUGGGAUGGGUGAUGAAUGAAGCACUCCGACUAUACUCCCCGGCACCAAACGUACAACGACAAGCCAGGGAAGAUAUCAAGGUGGAUGAGCUAGUGAUCCCGAGCGGGACGAACAUGUGGAUUGACGUGGUGUCGAUGCAUCACGAUAAGAAGUAUUGGGGAGAGGAUGUGAACGAGUUUAAACCGGAGAGGUUCAAGGAUGACAUCAACGGAGGGUGCAAACAUAAGAGCGGGUUUUUGCCGUUCGGGUUUGGAGGAAGGAUGUGCAUUGGCCGAAACUUGACUAAUAUGGAGUAUAAGAUUGUGCUGACUCAAAUUCUCACUAGAUUUUCCUUCUCAGUCUCCCCGAACUACAAGCAUUCUCCUGCUAUAAUGCUCUCCCUUAGGCCAUCUCAAGGGUUGCCUCUUAUAUUCGAACCUCUGCAGAACUAACACUUUGUUUAGUUGCUUACUGCAAAAUAGGACAAAAUGAAUGACGGAAUUAGAAGGUAAACUUCACAAUUUGUGAGAAAACGUAAAAUGAUUUUUUAGUAAAAAAUAUAAUAUUUUUCUAUUAGAUUAUAGAGAAGUAUUAUAUUUUUACUAUAAAUGAUUUUACAUUUUAUGUACGACAGUGUUACAUAAGAUCAAAUAGCUAAACUUUAGUUGUAAGUAGUUAUAUAGAUUAAAUAACCAUGUUCUUCUCCUACAAUAAAUUCCUCCCUAAUUAAUAUCAGGGAGAA